ACUGUCGCAUAUUUCUUUGAACAGCAUUUACACGCAUGUUGCCGUUCAUUACCACACUAAAUUUCCCCAUUGUGUUUCAAGCCUUAGAGAAAUAGAAGUUUCAAUCGGUUAGAAUGGAACUAUCAUAGACUUUAUAGACUCUACCAACCUCACGACCUCGCUUCCUCCUACCACCCGACCCGGAAUCUCAACCUCCACCCUCCCGAUGUCGACAACACGCACCCUAACACCAACCCGCCGACUCCUCUCCACGCCACGGCCGCAGCCCCAAUCCAAGCACCAACACCCACGACGAACAUUCCUAACCCUCCCCUCCCCCCCACCACAAACCCUAACCGCCGCCCGGCGUCUCCCAUACCCAUACCUCCAUCUCUACGACCUAAUCGCCGACAUAGACUCCUACGUCACCUUCCUCCCCUACUGCCAAACCUCGCGCGUAACCCACUGGACCACCCCCUCCUCCUCCUCCCCCUCAGCCACCCGUCGCUGGCCCACCCGCGCCGACCUAACCGCCGGCUGGGGCGGAUUCCAAGAGACAUACACAAGCCGAGUCUUCUGCAUCCCGUCCCUAGGAAUAGUCGAAGCAAUAAGCGGGGACGCGCGGACGCUGAUCCCCAUAUCCACAUUACGGGAGCACGGGCUCAGCGACACGGGUCCAGGGACCAGGGGCGUUAGCGACGGCGGGGUAUUCAAGAGCUUGGUAACGCGGUGGACGGUAUCGCCCGCAGGAGGGGAGGAGGCAAGCGGAUGGAGCGACGUGCGGCUGAGCAUCAAGUACCAGUUCGCGAACCCGGUAUACAUGGCCGUGAGCUCGGCCGUGGCGGACAAGGUGGCGCCGGUGAUGGUGGAGGCGUUUGUCGAGCGGGCGAGGCGGAUCUUAGGGGAGCCGGGGAAGGGGGAGGGGGAGGAGAAGAAGAAGGAUGUGGGAGCUUUGCGGUGAUGGUCGAUGCUGUUAAUGCCGAUACGAUAUAAUGAUGUACUAUAGAUUCACAGACCAUCUCACGAAUGGACAAGAGCUACUACGCCAUAAACCUACGAUACAUUGUACACAUAUUUUAGACAUAGAAGCCUUGGAUCACAGUUGAUCUCACCAUAUAU